UUCCGGGGCCGGCUGCAGCAGCCCUCACUUCCGGCGGAGGGGGUGACCUAUGACCCCCGCGCGGCUCCUCCUUCCUUUCCUGCAGCUGGCGCACGAGAAGACUCAGCAAAAUGGCUCCACGUAAGGGUAAGGAAAAGAAGGAAGAGCAGGUCAUCAGCUUGGGGCCACAAGUGGCUGAAGGAGAAAACGUGUUUGGAGUCUGCCACAUCUUUGCUUCUUUCAAUGACACCUUUGUACAUGUGACCGAUCUGUCCGGCAAAGAAACGAUCUGCCGUGUCACUGGUGGGAUGAAAGUGAAGGCUGACAGAGACGAGUCCUCUCCUUAUGCUGCUAUGUUGGCUGCUCAAGACGUUGCCCAAAGGUGCAAAGAGCUUGGCAUCACCGCUCUUCACAUCAAGCUGCGUGCCACCGGUGGGAACAGGACCAAGACUCCUGGACCUGGUGCCCAGUCCGCCCUCAGAGCCCUGGCUCGUUCUGGCAUGAAAAUUGGUCGCAUUGAGGAUGUGACCCCUAUCCCAUCAGACAGCACCCGCAGAAAGGGCGGUCGCCGUGGUCGUCGUCUGUAGUUAUCGCUUUCCUUUCAGUUGUUAAUAAAAAUUCAGACCAAA